AUGGCGGACGGAGACUACACUAUUCAAAAGGAAGCAUCGCGCAUCCUACACUCGGUGCUUCUUACGGAUCCACGUCUACAGAUCCCGCAGUCUGUCCAAGAUGCAGUGCAGCGCACUUCGUUUGAUUCUUCGGCGCUAAAAGUACCCUUCUUACCCGCCCCCAUAAAGUGCACCGAGUCAAGUGCGGCGCUAUGGGCUUUACUCGCGACUUUUGGGAAUGCUGUGGCUACUGAGCGGUAUGGUCUCACCGACCAGCGCGUUGUCGUGAACAGUGACGUCGCCUCCGCAUUUCUCUUCUCGUUCUGGCUUCUGCGGGUCGGCGGGAAACCGGUUUCCGACCCAGAGCUAGUUAAGCGGUACUCAAUCUAUGAUACUACGCAGCAGUUCACAUUCUGGAGGCGGCUUGUCACUAAUGUUUACCCGACGCGGGAUGGCCGCUGGUUCCACUUACAUGGCGGCUUGGAUUCCGACCGGAGCCUCCGGAUGCUCGGGUUGCCGGCGCACAAGGAUGUUGCAGACGAAAUGGAGGCGAUUAAGGGGCUCUCGGAGAGAGUGCAAAAAUUUGACGCAGAUUGGUUGGAUAUCGAAGCUAACGAGUACUGGAGGCAGGCGGGCGGAAUCUGUUUUACUCCCGAAGAGUACCGCGAGACUGAGCAAGCAAAAGCUAUAGCUAACGACGGGUUGUAUAUACUAGAAGAGUUUCUUAACGAAAAUUUACCGCCGGUGCCGUGGCCGAAGGUCGAUACCAAGACAUAUAGGCCCUUAGAGGGUAUCAAGAUCGUUGAUCUCACACGGGCGAUUGCAGGCCCAACGAUGGCGAAGCUGGCGGCGUUGUUUGGGGCUACUGUAGUUAGGGUAUCGAAUACGAAACUGCCUGAUCUAGGGAUUGUAUUAUUCGAGAGUAACCUCGGCAAGCGGGACGCUCACCUCGAUUUGAAGAGCGAAGAAGGACGGGAAGCACUCCGGCAUCUAAUAGAAGACGCGGACGUCGUGCUCGAUGGCUACCGGCCAGGCGCUCUAGAGAAGCUCGGAUUCGGACCAAAGUAUGUACAUGAGAUAGCUAGGAGACGGGGUAAGGGCAUCGUAUACGCGCGCGAGAACUGCUACGGUUGGAAGGGCCCAUGGAAGCAUCGCAGCGGAUGGCAGCAGAUCAGCGACGCCGUGACGGGAGUUGCAUGGUUAUUUGCUCGGAUGUGGAAUGUCGAUGAGCCGGUGAUGCCAUUUCUGCCCAAUUCCGACUUCCAGACUGGCAUCGUAGGGUGCAUCGGUAUCAUAAAUGCGCUAGACAAGCGAUCGAAGAAAGGGGGCAAUUAUCUUGUGUCCAUGUCACUAAAUCAGCUCAACAGCUUCAUAAUAUCCCUUGGAACCCAGAGCCCGGAAGUACAGCAGUCCUUACGCUAUAUGUGGCCGGACUUAAAAUCGCGGCACUACGAUGAUUUGCACAGACAAGCAAGGGUGUUGGUACGCGGUUUGCCGGAGAAGGUACCGCAAUUAUUAGAUCCAAGAUAUUACUUAACUCUCAAGGCUGACCUUGGAGAGCCUGAUGAGGAUAUGGUAUUUGUUGGGCCCGCAGCUACAUAUGAGACGACUAGGUUAGUAUAUGAUUUAGGGAGCUGUUUAAGAGGGACGCACGAAGCCAAGUGGCCAAGUUAA